UAUAAAGAGAGGUAGACCGGAGAGGAGGCACACAAAGUAAGGAUUGUACACUUAGGAAAAAAGAAAGAAAGAAAGAGAGAGAGAAAGAGAAGGAGAAGACAGUCUCUCAUUGUGGGAAUAUAACAACAAAGAAAGGACCAACUAUUGAAUAACUUGUGAACUGAUAUGGAGACAGACAAGAAGAUGCAGACACAAGUGGAGCUCACAGACAGUGAUCUGUCUGAGCAGAUUAAGGCUGUGACCAAGGACAGCCAUGUCAGAGCAGAGAACACUGAGCUGAUGCUGGCCUACCAGAGAGGAAACGUCAGUCUGACACAGUACAAGCUUCUCCUGUGCUCCCUCUAUGAGAUCUAUCAAGCACUAGAGGAAGCUCUGGACAACAACUCCAACCACCCGAGUGUCGCGCCAAUAUACUUCCCCCUGGAACUGGCACGGCUGGAGUCAGUGGAGAGGGACCUGGAGCAUUUCUAUGGGCAGGACUGGAGAGAGAAGAUUGUUGUACCGGCUGCCACUAAAAUAUAUGCCCAUAGACUCAGACAGAUCGGCAAAGACAACCCUGAGUAUCUAGUGGCCCACGCGUACACCCGCUACCUCGGCGACCUAUCUGGCGGACAAGUCCUUGGCCGUAUUACUCAGAAGUCUCUGGGGCUGAAGGGUGGCGAGGGUCUGUCGUUCUUUUCCUUCCCGGGCGUGAGCAGCCCCAACCUGUUCAAACAGCUGUACAGGAGUAGAAUGAACAGCAUAGAGCUGGAGGAGGAGGAGAGGAAAGGAAUGCUGGAGGAGGCUGUCAGAGCCUUCGAGUUGAACAUCCAGGUCUUUGACGAUCUUCAGAAGAUGGUGUCUGUGACAGAGAGGGAAAGUGAGGUCAUGCAUACGACAACCAGAAAUAGAUGCACAAGACACACGUCGACACAUUCCAAACUGGCUGAUGGAGAGAAACUGACUGCUAGAUCCCUUCAGAUCCAGACCAGUCUGGUCAACGCAUCACCCCUCUUCAGAAUGGUGCUGGGGAUCUGUGUCGCCCUGGCAACGGUUGGCAUGGGAAUGUAUGCUUUUUAAAGUUGUAAAGAAGUGUUUUCAGCAAAGUUGAAUCCGUCCAUAACAGAAGAUUACCCUAGACCUAGAUGAUGUUGGGAGUAUUUUUGUACUUUAAAGACUUUAAAGAGAAUGAAGGACCCCAUAUUUUAUAAUGUUGUUGAUCCUAAAUAGUUUUAAAAGUUGUUAAAAAAAAGGAAA